AUGGGACUUCAGUUUCUCUGCAUUGUGAAUUUCCUUUCUGCUGACUUUGCCUCAUUUUCCGAACAGAUUCCGCAACACAAGCCUCGUUCACAAAAACUGCAGCAUCUCUUGUGGCUAGUUUCAAAUUCAGGAUGUCAGGUUGCAAAUGUUUUCCCUGUCAAUGCUGUCACCCUGGUGCUGCUGGGAGUUCUGACCAUUAUCAUCCUGCUGUAUUUCAACAACGGCUUAAAAACUCCCGGAGUCAGUAACUUCCCCCCGGGACCCCCUCCUCACCCGUUGAUCGGGAACCUGCACAUGUUGGAUCUGAAGGGGCUGAACAAAUCUUUGAUGAAGCUAUCUGAGAAAUAUGGCAAAGUGUUUAGCGUCAAGCUGGGAUCCACAACUACAGUGGUGCUGACUGGCUAUGAAGCAGUGAAGGAUGCCCUCGUGAACAACGCAGAUGAAUUUGCAGAAAGAGCACACCUCCCAAUAUUUCAAGAAAAUUUGAAAGGAUAUGGUCUUAUUUUUGGUCAUGGGGAAUCAUGGAAGCAAAUGCGAAGAUUUACCCUCACCACGUUACGAAAUUUUGGAAUGGGGAAAAAUACCAUUGAAGACAAAAUAAUUGAGGAAUCAGAUUUUCUGGUAAAAAUGAUUGAUUCUCAUAAAGGCCAACCGUUUAAUCCAACUCUCCAACUGAGUUGUGUUGUGGCCAAUGUAAUUUGCUCUAUAGUUUUUGGUGACAGAUUUGACUAUGAGGAUGAAAAGUUUGUCAGCUUAACAUCGAAAAAUGAAAACAUUCAACUUAUUGGUUCACCUAUAGUCCACGAAUCGGACAACCCGAAUUCAUAUUUCCAUGAAGACAACUUACUCUGCACAACGAUUAACCUGUUUGCAGCAGGGAUGGAGACCAUCUCAGCCACACUUCGUUGGGGAAUGCUUCUGAUGAUGAAAUAUCCAGAGAUCCAGAAAAAGGUUCAUGAGGAAAUUACCAGAGUUAUUGGAUCGGAACGACCACCCAGAAUUGAAGAUCGGAAAGAUUUGCCUUACACUGAUGCAGUGAUCCAUGAAAUCCAGAGGUUUGGUGAUGUUGUACCACUGAGCAUUCCACGUGAAACAACAGUGGAUGUAAAUUUCAGAGGUUACUUCAUUCCAAAGGAACCCUUGUGAUUCCGUUGCUGUCCUCUUGUACUGUAUGAUAAAACCCAAUGGGAGAAACCAGAUGAGUUCAACCCAUCUCACUUUCUGAAUGCCGAGGGCAAGUUUGUGAAGAGAGAUGCCUUCAUGCCUUUCUCUGCAGGUCGGAGGGCUUGCGCUGGAGAGACGCUGGCGAAAAUGGAAUUGUUCCUGUUCUUUACCACUUUGAUACAAAAAUUUACUUUUCAAGUUCCACCCAAUGUCAGUGAACUGAAACUUGAGUCUGGUGUAGGUGGAACUUCAUUCCCAAAGUACCCAUAUGUGUGUGCUGUGCGUCGCUGAUGUAACCACUUCACUCAUGAUUUACCUGAUCUCCUGUUUCGUGGAUCAGUUUCAUUAUUCAAUGGCUGUUAUGUUUGAUCUUUGAUCUGCUUGCUGGGUUUGCUGGAUUUGGUUUCCUGUUGGACUGCAGUGAAAAAAUUAUCUCUCCAGCCCUGACUGGACAGUGAGUGGGCAUCACCUGAGGAGCAGAGAUAACAUGGUGUGAAGCUGGAUAAACACAGCAGGCCAAGCAGACCAAGAGGAGCAGGAAAGCUAACGUUUUGGUCGAGACCCUUCUUCAGAAAAGGGGGACGGGAAGGUGGCUCUGAAAUAAGUAGUGAGCGAGGGAGGCGGUGAGAGAAGGUGGAUAGUGGAGCAGAAAAAUCAGCUUUCCUGCUCCUGUAAUGCUGUUUGGCCUGUUGUGUUCAUCCAGCUUCACACCGUGUUAUCUCAGAUUCUUCAGCAUUGGCAGUUUCUAUUACCUGAGGAACAGCAUGUUAGACAUUAAAUUGCGGUUUGCGGGAAUCCAAAUUAUGAACAGUAUACAAUAUUCACUGAUUAUAAGUGAUGGACAUGAGGCAAUUUCAGGGAAAUCUAUAGCCUCUUUUUGUAAAUGUAUCUAUUAUUUCAUUUCUCUUAUUGAGCCGAAAUUAUCCCCACCCUCCUGUCAUGCAGCGUGUUGUUUGAAACAUCUCACUACAGAUUCCACAGGAUAGCUCUAGGCAGAUGGCAUGGGGAUUUAAUCAUCAGUUGUAUGUUUCUUUAGCAAAAUAAAUUUAUGGUGACAGAAGUAUUCAUCUGUGGAGAAAGAGAUACUGAGCUCAGUAUUUCCUCCAAAACAUUUUGAAAUCUACAUAUUCAGCAAUUCUGCAGUGACUUAUUCAUGGAUCAUAAUCAUCUUUAUUUCCUGAAUGAUUCUGUGACAAGAAUUUAAGACUGUUUCAGUGGAGUUUAACCAACCAUUUAAAAAAUAUUCAUCUCACAGAAAAGUACUAUUAUAGCAGAUUCUUUGUCAAGAGCAAAGAUGUAAGAAAAUGAAUAUUAGGCUAAUUUAAUAGGACAUUCCUGUUAACUUCCUAUUUCCUGGGACUUCCAUGGACUGAAAUUAUUUUAAAAAGGCACCAGAAAGCAUGGAUUUAAAAAUGGCACUGCAUUUACCUGACCCACAUGAGUUGGCUGUGUUUCAUUAAACUGACGCGGAUUAAACAAAAUACAGUCUGAGUUAAAAUUAACAUUUUACCCAAGGACAAUGGAACAAGUCAGCCCAGCCCACUGGGAGGCAUGAAAAACUUUGGUCUCCUAGUUUACUUGUGCCAUUAUGAGAAUCUUCAGAUGUUGGAGGUGAACGACUGCGGAGAGUAAUCAAAUUUGCAAAGCAUAACUUCAGCAGAUGGAAUAUAUAAACUAACUCCUAUUUCAAGCAAGUUCCUUUUUGACAGGAGAAAGGAAUGUUAGACAAGAAUGAAUUGUUGACCCCAAUACAUAUCAAGAACCAAUCUAUCUCUGUCUUAAAUGCAGUCAAUGAUAUGGCCACGACAGCCUUCAGUGGCUGGGUCUCACCAUCUGUUCCACAGACGCACCAUGCUUUGGCUGAAUAGAUUUUUAUCUCAGUUGUAAAGGUCAUUCCCUUUCUCUGACUCUGUGCCCUCAGGUUCUCAUGUUUUCUUCCAGUGGAAACAUCUUCUCCACAUCUGUUCUAUUCAGGCUUCUCAGUGUUCUGUACGAUUCAAUGAGAUACCCCCUCAUCCUUGUAAAUUCCAUUGAAUACAGACACAAAGUUUCCAUUUGACAAGCCCUUCAUCUCUGGGAUAAUUUGUGUAAAUCUCCUCUUGAUGCACUCCAAUGCCAGCAUAUCCUUCCUGAGAGAUAUGGCCUAAAAUUGCUCUCAAUAUUAGAAGUGUGCUCUGACCAGAGUGUAACAAACUGUCAGCAGGACAUCUCGACUUUGUUCUAGAGAUAAUAGGAACAGCUGAGCUGGAGUCUGAGUUAACAAAGUGUGUAGCUGAAUGAACACGGCAGGCCAGGUUGCAAUGGAGGAGCAGGAAAGCUGACGUUUCAGGUUGGGACUCUCCUUUAGAAAUGGUGGAGGGGAAGGUGGCUUGGAAAUAAAUUGAGAGAGAGGGAGGCAGUGAUAGAAGGUGGAUAGUGGAGCCGAAGGAGCGGGGAGACGACAGACAGGUCAAGGAGGUGGGGAUGAAGCUUGUAAAUGUAAGUGUA